AUGCGACUUUCAAAGAAGUCAUCUCCGCGAGCUCGACUGACUUCGCCAGCCAUAGAACUGGACAUUGAGCGCGCCAGAGCACAUGCAUCGAACCAAAGUCCUGAAGUAAGCCCGAAGGACACCGCCGACAGCACGCGACACUCGCUCGGCAUGCUGACCGCCCCAAACUCGAUGAUGGACCUAAGCGAAUCGCCGAGCGGCGGAUCCCGCAAAAGGAGGCAGCAUCGACGCAGCGACUCGCAAGUAUGGCGCCCAAGAGAUGCGUCGUCGAGACAAAGACCUUCGUGGGCGUCGAUCGGCCAUCAUGCUAUAGUACCGUGGCGGUCAUCGUUUACAUUAGAAGAGACGAGGAGCACUAUCCGGGUGGUGGAGGGCUCAGAAGGAUCAGAGUACGAUGUUGAGAAAGACAGCAUUUGGAGUCCGUUGGAGGGCGAAACCCAGCCAUUGCUGCAAGAGUAUGGGCCAGGAAAAGGUGGCUAUGGCGACGAGACGGGAUGCCCUGCGGACUGGUUAGGAGCACCAAGGCCGAGAUUGAAUCAUCCUGCAAUGCCUUCUCGCUGUUCCCCCUCACCGCCAACCUCUGGAACAUGCCAAGAAAGCCUUGCAGACUCACCUCCUGCACAGCUCAAGAAGCAGGUAGCGACUCCAAGGGUGACGGAAAAGAAGAGCGCGUUCGUGGAACAUCUGGAUGAGAAUCGCGAAGUGCUGAAGAAGCUGGGGAUCCCGUAUGAGGACGGAAAGCGUCGCAAAGUCUCGGACUGGUUCAACAGUCUGAAGAAGAUCUCAAGCAAGUAG